UUGUCAGGCAUCAUUCUCUUACAGGGGCCAUCACUUGAAAGAAUCUACUGAACAAAUCUAAAUCAAAUGCCCGUUCUGGAUAUAACCAAUCACAGAGAGAGAAAUUGACCCUUUGAUAGCAGCUGUGGGCCACAGUCGUUCUUAUUGCAACCACUGGAGAGAGGGUAGCAAGGAACUGCAUCCUUCCCAGAAUUUGUUGGCGGUCACCAAUAUGUAAGGACUAUAGACAGGGAAAGCCGGAAUCGGCAGCGUCUCUCUGUAUGUAAGUACCUGGAUGUGUGCAGUCUUUCCAGUGACAGCAGACAUUACAGGUAAAGUCUUCCCCCUAUGAGAGCAAGAAGAGGAGUCUUGGAAUGAAUGACCUGACAGAAAUAAAUCUCUCUCUCUUUGAGGAGGACUUCUCUGAGUUCUAUGAUUUAUUAAAUGGCUCAGACUACGUUAGCAACCAGACCUUUGAGGUGGAUAGCAGAACCGUCACCUGCGAAGCCUCGGACUGGACCCGCCUGCUCGGCCCUGCCGUGUGCGCAUUCUACGUGCUCGUCUUCCUGCUCGCCAUCCCCGGCAACUGCGUGGUGGGUCUGGUCAUCAGCUCUGGGAAGCGGCCCUUCCUGCCCUUCGACCUCUACCUCAUCCACCUGGCGGUGGCCGACGCCCUGCUGGCCCUCACCCUGCCCUUCUGGGCCACGGCGGCGGUGGCGGGCUGGAUUUUCGGCAACACCGUCUGCAAGCUGCUCGGCCUGGUCCAGGAGGCCACCUUCUACAGCAGCAUUCUGUUCCUGGCCUGCAUUAGCGCCGACCGCUACCAGGUCGUCGUGCGCGCGGUAGAGGCCAGGAGGGAGAGCAGGCAGGGUCGCUGCUGGGCGGCCUGCUUCGCCGUUUGGGCGGUAGGGGGCGCCCUCUCGCUCCCUGCGCUGUUCAACGAGUCGUUCCGGCCCGGUGGCUCCGAGGUAGCCGUGUGCACGGAGUACUACGACCCCGACAGUGCGGCCUGGUGGCGCUUGGCCACUCGCGUGUUGAGGCACCUCUUGGGCUUCCUGCUGCCGCUGGCCUUCAUGCUGGUCUGCUACGGGCGCACAGCGGCUCGGCUGCUCCACACACAGGGCUCACAGAAGCGCAGGGCCGUGAGGAUGAUGGCGGCCGUGCUGGUGGCCUUCUUCGCUUGCUGGGCUCCGUACCAUCUGUCGCUGAUGGUGGACACUCUGCUCAGGGCGGGGCUCUUCCCCUACGGGUGCACGGCCAGGACGUCCGUGUACGUGGCGCUGUUCUCCACGCAAAGCGUGGGCCUGCUGCACUGCUGCAUCAACCCCAUUCUCUACGCCUUCGUGGGGGAAAGAUUCCGGAGGAACCUGCGGAAGCUUCUGGAGAAGAAGGGGGUCUUGGAAAGGGCCAGGCCGCCGCAGAGUGGGCAGCACACCUCUCAGUCGUCGGAGAACACGUCCACCUUCUUGUGACCGAACCGGGAGGCCGCCUGCUAGUGCCGUCUGUGAUCGGCUGCCAAAUGAGCCACGCCAAUUACAAUAGUAAUAUCUCUGCGGUUCCAAUCAAAAUGGGCUUCUAUUCAUAUAUACAUAUGAAUAAUGAUUGGUUUUUUGAAGAACUGAAUUAUAGCUGGACAAGAGGGCAGCAAUAUUGCAGCACAAACUCCAGACCUCAAGAGUAUAUGUAUGUAAUGUAUUAGAGCUGUGAUGAAUAACACAUUUUUUAUUAUUGGUUCAAUAAGUAGUGAUAUUUUGCAUUGAUGGAAUAUCUGGUAUGUUUGUAAAACAUAUAUUUGUCAUGUGCUGUGUAUCAAGAUGAAGAAGAAAAUAAUGAGGUGUGAUUUUUACUGUUCAAAGAGACAUUGUGAUUUCAGUCCAGUUUGCAUUCCUGUUUUGAACAUGGUGUGUCACAUAGAAUUUUACUGCCUCCUUGUGGCUGGUAGGUGGUAAUGUAUGUUCUUACAAAAUGGAGAGAAGCGUGGUCUGGGUUAUUUGCUUAUCUUUGCUUAUUUGCAUCUAUGAAAUUUAACCUAUGCUAUUUUAAGUUACAAGUUUCGUUCACAAAUAUGGAAAUUAUUGUUCACAUUUUAAAAUGUCGGUCACAUGGGAAAAUGCAAAGACUUAUUUUGUUUUCACAUGUGGAAAGAUACAUUCACACAUGAAAAAAGCAAAUCACAUAGACAAUUUUCUUUUCAGAUGUGAAUAUUUUAUUUCUUCAAUAUUUAUGAAUAUUCUAUUUUUGUUAGGGCAUUUCAGUCCUCCAUUAGUAAGAGGACAAUGGAGCCUACAUUUCAAGCAACAGUUUAAACAAUCAUUCAGUUAAUUGCUACUACCAUCUCAGUUAAUCAUUCAAUAUGAUUUAACCAGAUGCAUUAGAAGGCAGCUUUUUUUUCUCUUUAAGAAGUGGUUGGAAAUUUACAUUUCAACUGAGCAACCAGUUUUGUGGCAUUUAAAAAGGUAGAAAAAAUAAAGCAGGUCCUUUCCAGUCGUGGCACAUAAAUGAAAUCACAAAUAAAUCAAAGAUAUAAGAAAAUUAUUUACAAAGUCUAAUUUGUCUUUUGUGGUAAAAUGAAGUCAUUGUCAGUGGUCUCAUGUUUUACAAGAUACACUUAUCUGGUAAUUAACAGCAUUCUUAAUAUGGAAGGCUAAAGUCAGUUUUGUUUUUGACACAUUUAGAAAAUAAGAAACACAAAUGAAAUAAGAAAAGCACAAAACAAGUGAGAAUUGGACCCAAAGCGCAUUUGUUCUCUGAAAUUCUGCUACCAUUUUGGAGAGCAGUGGAGGCAAAACAAACAGCAAUAUGAAGGGAUGAACUGCAAGAACAAACUAACUAAUUUGUGAUUUUUCCAGGGUGUUUGUAUUAUUGCAUAGAUGUAUUUUUUAUUUGUUUUUGAAUUUUUUUUGUUUUCAGCUUUGGUUGUGAUGUUUUGCACUUCAGGGCUGCUAUAGUCAAAUUAAAUGAAUACCUCUUCAAAAGAAAACCUGUUCACAUUAAACGGCUUUCAUGUAUUAAUGCAGCUAUCCAUAAUUUUAAAAAGGAUUGUUUAUUUAAUUGUGCUUUUUAGUAGCCUAAAAAGCACAUGUU